CCUACCUCGACCUAAGUUCCCCUAGCGGUGCCACAAUCGAUGAAACCCUGGGAAGGGUCAGGAAGGGUCUUGCACACGAUAACGAGGGGCAGUGAUCUGGCGAUGCGUGAGUUAAUCUGUACAGCAACUGUACAGGGCUGUACUCGGGCUCGCAGGCACUGUGUACCCUUUGCUGCCUUUCCAACCCGCCUCCAGAAACCCUGCGCGACUAUCUUGACGAUCCAUGCCCUCAGAUCCCGUCGCGUGCUUGUUGAAAGACAAUGCAGACAUUACUGGGAUCGGCGUCCGAGUUUCAUUCUACGUGCAGGCCAUUUUGACUGUUGCCAUUGCCUGGCUGACAGACACGAACGUCGAUGCAUCAUACUGGAUCAUGUCCAUCACCGCCUUCGCUCUCUUCCUAUCCGCCUUCGUCCUCUACUUCAAAGGCGAACUCUCCCUGUACCUAGGAAUCUCCGUCUCCAUCCUCCUAUAUCUGCACGCCUACGCCUCCCUCGUCGUCCUAUGCUCAUCCGCCUACUCGAUGAUUCAAAAGAUGCCCCUUUUGGUCACCAAUAUCGAUCUUGAACGCAGACGUCUGGGCGCCGUUCGAAAAGCAUUCUGGCGUGCACUCCCCGUGUUGAUCAUGGCAAUCGUAUUCGGGUUGUUUGUAUGGACGAAGCUACCAUCACUGGGUUCUGACGCGGAGUGCAAUCCCGACACGACCGUGGUUGUUAUCGGUGCCCAUUUCUCGUCCAUGCGCAGUGGGCGGAUCGUGUCCCUCAUCGUCUCCUGUCUCCAUCUCUACCUUAUCAUCACGCUUUCUAUUGGUCUCGACGUGGAACAUGCCAUCCUGGGCAUGACUCGUAGAAGGCAGCAAACACAAACGAAUUGGUGGGAGAUGAAACCGGGGCGUCCGAGCCGUCGCGAUGUGGAGAUACAGGAACGUGUGAAUUUUCCCCUCCUAGACAAAGGCGUAGGAGGCCAGGGCUUGGAUGAUUCUCAGAGAAGUUCAAACGGCAUAUUUCGCAAGGCCCUCGACGAAUAUCAUGCCAGUUUAGCAGCAUGCCGUCAAUUCAACCGCUUCAUAAAUGCUCUGAGCAAGAAGACGCAAGGCACUGGUGCCAAAAUUUGCCGCCUAUUCCAGUGGUUUCAUCCUCUCGAAACACACGUGGCUAAGAAUGGCAUGUUUGUAGGAGGAUCGUUGUGCCUGGUGGCGAUGAUCUUCGUCGGGGUGACAUCGCUUCCGAUGUUAGUGCUCUCGAACGAGCUGACGCUGCAAGCCAACGCUCAUCUUUUGGACACUUCGAACGACCGAACGUGGACUCUGGGCCAGAUCCUCCCGGUCGUUAUGUUGCUUGUGCCCAUCGUCACUAUAUGCCAGUGCUUUGGGGAAGCCAAAGAGCGGAAGUCAUCGGCAGUAGUAGUAGACUAUGACCCAUAGCGGAUGUCGAACUCUUCACAUCCGUCACUGCCAACGGUAAUACGAACUACGCGUGCUAUGCACACCCGGAGUACGCCUCUACGGACGGUUUGACACAGUAUAUAUCCUAUUAUCAGCCAGGUUCGGAUGCUCAGCGGUGCUGAGCUCUCUGGAGAGCUGGAGCCAGCUCGUCCAGACAUGGGCACUUUCAUCCAGCGUCUUUAGAUACCAGUACUUUUGCACGACUUGUCGGUUCAUUUUGUUACUCUACCAGUCGAGUUGCACCUUUGUAGCACCUGUUGUGUAUACAACUCCGUUGUGUCAGUGACUUCGGCAUCUCUAAACAC